UUUCAGGCUGAUUGCCCUGAGCGUUUUAGCUCUGCAACUCCUUCUAAAGCUUAAAAGAUAUUUAAACAUUGUGUAUGGUUUAAAUGAUGCCUAGUGCCACGUCUGUUCUUUCUUAACUUAGUAGUCAUUUCUUGCCUGUUCUUUGCUGCAGUGCAUGUACAUUUAAUUAUCUCAAGCCAGUUAAUGAAAUCUACAUUUCUUUCCAAAUUAGGCAUUUUGCCUAAAGGAAUCCAAAGCCUGGAGAGAUGCUAUCUAAGCAAAAUAUUCCCUUCAACAUCCAUGGUGCUCCUAUCAUUUUGCCUACUUCCUAUGAAGAUAUGGUUCAAAAAUACCAGGAGUUCAAGAGGUUGUUUAGGGAAGAUGCUAUGGAUUAUGCUACGUGCACAGCUAAUGUCAAGAGGAAACGACCUACUCCAAAAAGUUUGAGAGGUGGAAAAGCCCCAUGGGAUAAAGGUGAAGAUGAUGAGGAUGGAGAAGAUGAUGACGAUGACUGUAUGGGAGGGCCACGAAGGCUCGAUUUUAGAAACCAAAAAGAGCAAUGGUAGCAGGGUUACCAGACAACAACAAUUGUAAUUAUAACUUGUGCAACAUUACUGUACAUUAUAUGAUUAUAGUGAGAGGGAAGGAUUGGUGCGGGAAUUGUUCAAUAGUAGUGACAAAGUAGUUUGAUUAUAUGACAAUUUAAAUAUUUUGAAUGAUUUGAAUGUUUGUGUCAAUGUAAAUGUAAUAUAGGUUUAUAUUGUUAUAAUGUGUUUUUAUAA